GUUGUGGCUCUCAGCAGAGUGCGGGUCCGGUGUACACGGCGCUGCGUCAAGUCGUGGAGGAAACCACUCAUCGAGGUGCGUUGGACUUGAGUGUACUGCGAUUGAACUUCAAUCCUUCCAGGAAGUUUCAGCACUUCUAUCGUGUCGGUCGUCUAUUGGGCGACGGCAGCUUCGGGGCUGUGCAUGAGUGCUUUUGCCGCACCACCAACGAGGCCCGUGCAGUGAAACUUCUACUGAAGAGUCGCAUCAAGGAUGGCGGCGCUGCCAUCGCGAACGAGAUUGAGAUCUUGACAAAGCUGGAUCAUCCACACGUGGUGAGGUUUUACGAGUUCUUUGAGGAUUCGCGCAGUGUGCUCUGUGUGGUGGAGCUCUGCGAGCACGGAGAUCUGAGUUCUGUGCUGGACAAGCCCAGUGGACAGGACUCUGUGAGAGUCUUGUACCGUGACGUGAUGUUGGGCCUAGCCUAUUUGCACAGCUUUGGCAUUGCGCAUCGCGACUUGAAGUUCACCAAUUGCGUCCUGGCGUGGAACGGCCUGCGAGACAUCGCCAAGAUCAUUGACUUUGGAUUGGGCGCCAUCCGCCGAGAGGAGGACGUGGAGGAGGAGUGGAUGAGUGAGGUGCUUGGCACGCUGGCCUUUGUUGCGCCAGAGGUGGUCCAGAAAAGCUACAGUGAGAAGUGUGACUGCUGGUCCUUCGGCAUCAUGGUUUUCAUGCAACUCACUCAGGGGCAGCACCCCUACGGUGGCUCAUGGAGGGGUCGUAGCAAUCUGCCAAAUCGGCAGUUGUUGAUGCGGCUGCAAGACCCACCACGGCUCGAGCUCCUUUGCACAGCCGAUGCCAGGGGCAGCGAGCUGGUGGCCCGGUUGCUAGCACACGAGCCACAGCAACGCUUGAGCGCGCAGGAGGCUUUGCAGAUGGCCUGGCUUCGACCCAAGAGCAUUCGCCGGGUGGAACGUAGCUGUAACCUUUCGCACCGGGAGCAAAGCCUGAUGCGUCGCAGUUUAUCCUCUUACAAAGACCUUACGUCCUUUGACAAGGCGCUACACCAGUUACGCUGA